AUGGCGGCCGUUUCGUUAAGGAAAUUCGGUCUCCUAACUACUGCUAUUGGUCUGGUUUAUCUUCAUGCUACAGAUCGUGACAAUUGCAUUGUACUUAAAAUUGACACUCAAAUGACUUCCGUACAAGAUUGCUCACCGUUCGGUUUCCAUUUUGAACUCGACAAGAAGAGAUAUCAUGAGCGAAAGAAGCAAAUCAGACGUCAAAGUGAGUUUCAUUUGUUUUACGUUGAAGAUCUCAAGGAGACAAUUGUUCUCAUGCAGGGAAUAAUUGCCGAAACAACUGUAGACGUGAUUAAUAUUACUUUAUCAUAUAAUGGAACAACAAGAGACGAAAAGCUCACCAGAUUAUUAAAG